UCAGAUAGGCUGUCCAUUGACUGCUGUCUCUACCGGUAUCCGUGUGCACUGAAACAUGGGGCUCAUCAUGCUGCUGAUCUUGGGGGUUUUGGGGUGCAAAGCCGUGGAGGUGAACCGACCCCGAGGGGUUUCAUUGUCCAAUCGCGGUUUCUAUGACGAUUCCAAGCCAUUUACCUGUCUAGACGGAUCCCGCACCAUUCCGUUCGAUCGGGUGAACGACGAUUACUGUGACUGUUCGGAUGGAACCGACGAACCUGGCACGGCGGCGUGCUCCAACGGGAGGUUUCACUGCACUAACGCCGGAUUCAAGCCCCAGUACAUCCCGUCAUCGCGGGUCAACGACGGCAUAUGUGAUUGCUGCGACACCACGGACGAGUAUAACAGCGGAGCCGUUUGCCAGAAUACCUGCAGGGAGAUGGGGAGGAAAGAGCGAGAGGAGCUCCAGAAGCAAGCAGAGGUGGCCACAGAAGGCUUCCGUCUGAAGCAGCAGUAUAUCGAAGAGGCCAAGAAGGGCCGGGAGGAGAACCAGGUGAAGCUGCAGGACAUGGUGCAGAAGCGCCAGGGUUUGCAGGAACAGGUGGAGGCUCUACGGGCCGAGAAAGAGGAGGCCGAGAAGCCGGAGCAGGAGGCCAAGGAGGCGCACAAGAAAGCCUGGGAAGAGCGACAGGAGGCAGAGAAAGCCGAGAUGGAGAAGCAGAGGGCCCUGGAGGCUUUUACUGAGUUGGACCUGGACUCCGACGGGAUGCUGUCCGCCCCGGAGAUGCUCUCUCACACGGAGUUGGAUACCGACGGAGACGGUGCUUUCUCUAAUGAAGAGGCGCUGGCUAUCCUGGGAGGGUCAUAUUCUUUGGAUGUUAGUAGUUUCCAGGACUCUGUUUGGCCCCAAAUCCGUGAGAAAUACAAAUCAGAGAGUGCAACACCACCACCACCUCCUCCCCACAUAGAAGAAGGCACCGCGCCUCAUCCAGAACUUUCCCCGGAGGAGGAGGAUGAAGAUGUAGAAGAGGGUGAUGAAGAUGAUGAUGAUGAACAGGUGGAAGAAGACCACAGGGGUCCGCCAUCCAAGACAUAUGGAGAGGACACCGAGAUGCCACCAUACGAUGAAGCCACCCAGGCACUGAUAGAUGCUGCUGAAAAAGCUCGAUCCCAGUAUGAGGAAGCUGCCAAGUCCAUGCGGGAAAUGGAGGACACUAUUAGGAGUCUAGAGAAGGAGAUUUCUCUGGAUUUUGGGCCAGAAGGGGAAUUUUCCUACCUCUAUGGACAAUGUUAUGAACUUUCAACUAGCGAGUAUAUUUAUCGCCUCUGCCCGUUUAACCGCGUGACACAGAAGCCCAAGCAUGGAGGCUCAGAGACUAACCUUGGCACCUGGGGAUCCUGGGCUGGACCAGAAGAUAAUAAAUUCAGCGCAAUGAAGUACGAGCAAGGGACGUCAUGCUGGCAGGGUCCAAGCCGCUCUACGCUGGUAAAGCUGUCUUGUGGCAAGGAGACGACGGUCACCUCCACGUCUGAACCAAGCCGCUGCGAGUACCUCAUGGAAUUCUUCACCCCUGCAGCUUGUCACCCACCUCAGGCCCAGACAGGAGACCACGACGAGCUGUGAUUUUUGAUAGAACUCCUCUAGGACUUGGUGUUGCUUUUCACGGGAAUGUGACCAGUGGAAUGGAACCCUCGCCCCUCCGGUGUCCCAACGUCUCCUGUAGUGACCGCAUCCGUCCCUACUGAUUACCGCCAUCCCCCCCCCAGACUCUCCUUGGAUCCCUUCACAGAACCAGGACACAGGCAACCAGAAGACACAUUCCAUCCAUCCAUCCGCGAGCAGACCCUUCCUCGUUCGCUGCUCGUUCUCUGCCGCUGUACAUAUAUUUUUUUGGAAAUAGUGUGUGUUGUUGCAUUUUAUUAAUUAAAUGACACUUCUCCCAA